UCAAGUUCAACAUCACCGGUCACCUUCAUCUCUCUCUCUCUCUCUCUCUCUCUCACACACACACACACUAUUCGUGACCCAAGAACAAAAGGUGGUCCAUCCAAAGAGUAACUUCGCUUUCAAAUGGAAGAAGAAAGAAAGGUCAAACUUCCAACAAAGUCAACCACCAUGGUCAAACCCACCUUCAAAAAGGUCCAAGUUGUUUACUACAUUUCAAAAAAUGGUCAGCUUGAGCACCCUCAUGUCGUAGAAGUUACACAUUUGGUUCACCACCAGCUUCGGCUCAAAGAUGUGUUGGAGAGACUGAGUGCUUUGAGAGGUAGAGGAAUGCCCUCCCUCUAUUCUUGGUCUUGCAAAAGGAUGUACAAGAAUGGAUAUGUGUGGAAUGACUUGGGGGAGAAUGAUGUUAUUUUGCCAUCAGAAGGUCAAGAGUAUGUACUCAAAGCUUCUCAACUUGUAUUCCACUCACCAGACAAACACAUGCAUGUUAACGACGAGCCUCAAGUACACGUCGCAAAACGCAAGCCAAUGACACCAAAACGACAAACUGAAUUCAACGAAGAAGAACUAGACUUCGAAGAAAAGAGAAUAAACUACACAAACCCUCAAUCCAAAUGUUCUUCAAGGGGCAUCCAUAUCUCCACCACCUUAUCACCCCCCUCACCUCCACCCUCAACCACCUCUGGCGACAGCAACAACACCUCAAAACGCUUUGAGGAUGGCGACCCUUACCCAACACUGACCCGUAACUCCAUGCUGCUUCACUUGAUGGCAUGCGGCGGCUCCAUAGGGUUUAAAGGGAAAUCUGAUAUUAUUAACCAAGCAACAAAUGUAGCGGCUGCUAGGAAGAGCUGCAGUAGCUCUGGUAGUUUGCAUAAAGGAGUGGUGUGUAAAAAGGCGGCGGCUGUGGCGGUGGAGGAUGAGAUAUGUUGCAUGUCGGAAAAUCCACGGUUCGGGAAAAUGCAGGCUGAGGAGAGGGAGUAUUUUAGUGGGAGCAUUGUGGAGGCAAUGGCUGAAGAAAGAGUUCAAGUUGAACCUAUGUUGAACAAGUCAUCUUCCUACAAUGAAGAAAGAGGGUCCAAGACAAUGGCAGCAGAAGAAGAAGAUGAUGAAAUGAAGAGAGAGAAAAGAGUGGCAGGGAAAUGCAUCCCAAAGAGAUUUUGCUAGAGAUUUGAUAUGUCAUGUAUCCAUUGACUUUCUUUAUUGACUAUUUUGUUUUUUUCCCAAUGGAUGAAGCUUGGAAAUUUAUUACGUUUUCCUAACUUGGUGAAACUUUUUACAUGGACUAUUGGUACACUCUAAAAUUUAUUUGCACAAUCUGACUUUUA